CUGAUUUUUUUUGCAGAAUAAUUUCCAAAAUGACACCAAAUUCUAAAAGAAAUGAUUACAAUCAAAGCUCUCAGAAUGCUCUGUUGCCAGAUCUCCCUAAAGGCCCAUUAUGUAUUUAUAGAGAAAAAUCAUCCUUCAGUUGGAAGGAACUGUUGCUAUUCUUAGAAGGAGAAGACAUGAUCAUUUUUAAGAAAAGAAUCUUCUCAGCCUUUGAAAAUGAUCCUCUUUUUGCUCAUCACCCUGGAGAAGAAUUGCCUAUUGAGAAGUAUCGUGAACUAAACUUUCUGCGCUGCAAAAGACUUUUUGAAUAUGACUUUCUUAAUGUACGAGAGAUGAUAAAGAAUCCACUGAAAAUUUUUAUGCUGAUUAACUGCCUAGGAAUGUAUGAUUGGUCCUUAUCUAUCAAAUACUUUUUAAACAUAUAUGUUUUUGCUUCUACAAUUCAGAGUUCUGGGUCCCAAAGACAUAUGCAUUUUAUUCAGAAAACCUUAAACAUGGAGAUUUUUGGAUGUUUUGCUCUGACUGAAGUGAGUCAUGGGAGCAAUACCAAGGCUAUUCGGACAACGGCCCAAUAUGAUCCCACCACUCAGGAGUUCAUCAUCAAUUCUCCUGAUUUUGAAGCUUCUAAAUUUUCCAUUGGUAAUAUGGCAAAGAAUGCCACUCAUGCAGUAGUAUAUGCCCAGUUAUAUACCCCAGGAGGCCAGUGCCAUGGAUUACAUUCUUUUGUUGUACAGAUACGAGAUCCAAAGACACUUCUUCCGAUGCCAGGAAUCAUGGUCGGUGACAUUGGAAAGAAACUCGGACAGAAUGGUUUGGACAAUGGAUUCACCAUGUUUCAUAAUGUGAGGAUUCCCCGAGAAAACCUGCUAAACCGAACAGGUGAUGUCACUCCUGAGGGAGUCUACAAUGCUUCCAUUAAGGAUUUUCAACAACGUUUUGUUGCUUCACUGUUUUCUCUGUCUCCUGGUAGAGUUAGCGUUAUUGGAAUGUCUGUGGUGAAUUUGAAACUGGCUUUAUCAAUAGCAAUUCGUUUCUCAGCAACUCGUCGUCAGUUUGGACCAAGUGACGGUGAUGAAAUUCCAGUUCUUGAAUAUCAAAUGCAGCAAUGGCGCCUGAUUCCUUACUUGGCAGCUGCGUAUGCCUUAGAUCAUUUUGCAAAAACUUUGUUCGAGGACAUGAUAGAAUUUCAAAAAGGCCUUUUACAAAAUGAUAAAAGUAUUAGACAGGCUGAACUUGGAUAUGAAGUUCAUGCAUUAGCAUCUGCUGGCAAACCUCUAGCUUCCUGGACUGCCCAGCAAGGAGCUCAGGAAUGUCGAGAAGCUUGUGGAGGGCAUGGUUAUUUGUCCAUGAAUCAUUUGGGUGAUAUUAGAAAUGACAAUGAUCCAAACUGUACCUAUGAAGGAGAUAAUAAUGUCCUGCUUCAACAGACCAGCAAUUAUUUACUGAGAUACUUCAGAAACAGACAUCAAGAUAAAACUCGUAUUAAAACUCCCCUGGAAUCUAUAAAUUUUCUUGCAGAUUUUAAAGAUAUUCUUGGCCAAAAAUUUAUGAUAUCCAGAGUUGAAGAUUGCAUGGAUUCUUCAGUUUCUCUGGCAGCAUACAAGUGGUUGGUUUGUUACCUACUACGAGAGAGUUAUGAAAAAUUAAAUCAGGAAAGAAAAUCUGGAAGUGGUGAUUUUGAAGCAAGAAACAACUGCCAGGCCUACUACUGCCAUUCCCUCGCUCUUGUCUUCAUUGAGCACACAGUGUUACAGAGGUAUCAUGAAUAUACACACCAGUCCAGCAUACCAGCUCCUCUUCAGCUGGUCCUGAGUCGUCUCAGUGCUUUGUAUGGACUCUGGUCUCUAAGUCAGCACAUGGGAGUGCUCUAUCAAGAUGGAUAUUUUUCUGGUGAACAAGCAGGUAAAGUGAUAAAGAAUGCUAUUUUGGACCUGUGAGCAAAGCUGAAAGAUGAUGCAGUUGCCCUGGUAGAUGUUAUCGCUCCUCCGGACUUCAUUCUGAACUCACCAAUUGGCAGGGCCAAUGGCGAGCUGUAUAAAAACCUCUGGACCACUGUCCUUCAGGGAAAGAAUGUCCUAGAGAGGGCAUCAUGGUGGGCUGAAUUUUCUGCCUAUAAACCUACCAUAGGAAGUUUAACAUCAAAACUCUAGAUUGAGCAUGAAUGCUAAGGUACCACUUGGACAUUUAUCCUUGAGCACUUGCAUCCUUUCUACAAAGAUCCACGCUCGGAGGGCUAUCAUUCUGGCAUCCUAUUUGACUACAUACAGAAGACUUUGAACAGCACCACUAUUUCCCAGGACAGCAUAUCUGUUCUUAUCAAUCAAUUCUGGAUACACACCAAUCUUGUUUAGCAGUAUUUGCUUCCUUGCUUAGGAUAAUUUAUAAUUUACUGUUAUAAUUUUAUGCUUAUCAUGAUUUGCUACAUAAAAUGGAAACAUGGUAAAAUAUAUUUUCCUUGAUAAGUGAACAGACUAUUUAGAUUGAGAUUUAUUUAGAUUAUUUGAACUUCAUACAUUCUAUUUUUUUAUUUAAAUCUGUUGAUCAUAGUCACUCAUUAAGUGCCUUCUUUAUGAAAUUUAUUACAUUAAUUCCUGAGGGAGAUAACAAAUAUAAAAAAAAGAAAAAAGUCCUUCAAGGAGUUUAUGUUAUAUCAAUAAUAGAGUCUGGAUAAAAUAUUUAUGUAGAUAAAAAUAAUUUAUCUUAGAAUAUGGUACAAUUAGAAAAAGAAUUCAAGAUGCUGUGAAAUAAAAUUAAGGAGACAUUAUUUCCAGUUCGGGGAAAUCAAUGAAGACUUAAUGGAGGAGUUAGCAUUUGAAGAAUAUAACAGGGAGAGGUAACAAUGGACAACAUUCCACAAGAGCAAGAACUUGGAAAGUGGAAAGUAUGGGGUAUGUGCCUUGUGGGAAGUUGGUGCUUAGCAAACAUUUAUUCCAUGUCCAGGGAUUCCAGGCCUUUGCUCUUUUCAAUCAAUCUGGGAAUGUCUGCUUCACUGAAUUCUUUGUGGUGUUUGAGAUUUACUCUAAAUUCAGAUUAGCUUCUUUUACAUAAUCAUUGCAAUUCAAUUUCAUUAAUCUGGUCUAAAUAAGGAAACACAAAGUCUGAAUUAUGGAUUUGAGGAAGCAUUGGGGUUUCAUUGCUUUUAAGCAUUUAACUGAAAGUAACCAUCAAGAAAAUGUCUUUAAGAAGAGAGAAGAAAUCUAGAGCUCAUUUGCUAGAUCAUUGCUAAUUUGAGGCAUUCAUUAUAUCCAUUUGUUCCCUUCAUUGAUUAAACAUGUUUCUCCUUUUCAUCAAGUAAAAUAAAUCUAUUGCAAUUUUGUUUAGAGUACUCAUUUGUUUAGUAACCUGUUCUCCAUAAGUAAUGCAAAGGUAAUUUCAGACCAGG